UGGUCACCAUGCUGAUUCGCACGUGUUUCUUUUUUGCCUGCCUGCCUGUGGCGAGCCAUGUCUGGGGACGAGUGGGCCAAGGGUCAGGCCGACUGAAACUCACGGUCCUUUCAGAAGACAGGCUCCAAAUGAAAUGGAAAGAAACUGAAGGGAACAUCAACGGCUACAAAGUUCGGGUAAAGCCCAUGGCAGGGGACUCGGAGCAAGAAGUCAUGCUGAAAACCAAGACUCCCAAAGCCACAGUGGGGGGGCUGAGCCCUACCAAGGAAUACACGCUGCAGGUCUAUGUGCUCAACGGCUCCCAGGAAGCCCUGUUUGCCAAAAGGAAAUUUGUGAUAGAGGAAUUAAAAAAUGCAUCCCAGACUAGAAAUAACCGAAGAAACUCAGGAGCUGCAUCAGGAAAGAAUCUCACCUCUUUGGGGAACACAGCAGCUGAGCACAGUGGGGUGGCAGAGGCCACCCCACCACCCCUGAACACUGUCUUGGCACAGCCAGCAAAGGACAGAGCUGAAAAGAAAAGGCAGAAGGGGAUUCAGCCCAAGGGCUCAGGAGAAACAAGAAGAAACCAGCACAGUGUGGAGGCCAGCAUGACAGAAGCAACACCAACAACCACAAAAUUAUCCCAGCGCACUCCUGCAAACUCGGAGCGCGAGUCUCUAGGAAAAGAAAAACCCACGAAGGAUUCAUUGAGGCGAGGUUCCCAGUUUCAGUGCGACACAUCUGCAGUGACCGACAUCGUCCUGCUUGUGGAUGGAUCCUGGAGCAUUGGACGCAACAAUUUCAAGCUCAUUAAAGAUUUUCUGAGCAACUUGAUUUCCCCAUUCAGUAUUGCCCGAGACAAGAUAAGAGUAGGUCUAUCCCAGUACAGCAGCGAUCCCCGCACGGAGUGGGAUCUGAGCACCUACUCUACGAGGGACCAGGUGCUGGAGGCCAUGAAGAAUUUGCGGUACAAGGGCGGCAACACCUUUACAGGUCUGGCCCUGACCCAUGUCCUGGAGAAGAAUUUGAAACCAGACGCCGGUGCUCGACUGGAGGCUGAGAAGUUGGUAAUCCUCCUGACUGAUGGAAAAUCCCAGGAUGAUGCUAACCUGGCUGCUCAGAUGUUGAAAAACCUGGGCAUAGAGAUAUUUGCCAUUGGGGUGAAGAACGCGGACGAGGCAGAGCUGAAGCAGGUGGCCUCAGAGCCGCUGGAGCUCACCGUGUACAACGUACUGGAUUUCCCACUGCUGAGCUCUCUGGUUGGCAGGCUCACCCGGGUCCUGUGCACCAGGAUCAAAGAGAAGAGCAACAAGGAAAACACAGGCAGCACUGUGAAAGAUAUCCCUGUGAGCACAGGUCCCCAGCUCAGCCCAACUGACCUUAAAAUAUCAGCUGUGACCUCUAAGAGCAUGCACUUGACCUGGAGUCCCCCUCUGAGACCACCAAAGAAAUAUCGGAUUGUGUAUUAUCCAUCGAAGGGUGGUAUCCCCAAAGAGGUGGUUUUAGACGGAGCAGUCUCCUCUUUGCGGCUCUCCAAUUUGACCUCGGACACGGAGUAUCUGGUGUCGGUGUUUCCUGUGUAUGACACAGCUGUUGGAGAUGGGCUGAGAGGUGUCACCUCCACAUUGCCUUUGUCUUCCCCUCGCUCCCUGCGCGUCUCUGAGCUGAGUCACAACAGUAUCAGGCUGAGCUGGAAGGCAGCCCAGGGAGCCACGCAGUACCUGGUGCUCUGCUCGGCAGCUCCCAAUGGAGCAGAGGACUAUACGACGGAGGUAGAGUUUACGAGAAUAAUGAUAAUAUUGUUUUUCCUCUGCCUGGGCUGA